CUUUGCAGGUGUUGCAAAUAUAAAACCGAGGAGAGUUGGAAGAUGGUGAAAUGGCUUAUAGAAGGCUGACUUGUAACAGAGGCUUAUGUGAAAUGGCUGGCACCACUAUGCUAUUCUGCAGGGAAGAUAGACUGUCCUGUCUGGCAUUCCACACAGAUGGCCUGGAAUAAGUCCACAGUGAGCAAGGGAGAAAAUGCCACUCUCUCAGUCCUGCUCUCUUGAUUAUACAGAGCGAAGGCUAACGUAGAAAACAGGCAAAGGCUGUGUCACGUAUUGUUGUGGUAGUUAAAGGGGGAAGCUAAACUUUGUCAAGUGAAGUAGAUUAUAAAAAGAACACUGGCAGUGACCUGAUGGGCGGAUGCCACAACAGUCUUGGUCUUUUUGUUUAAGAAUACAGACCCAUUUCUUUGGGGAGAAAAAGCAGCUUUGGUGAGCCUUUCACGAUAAAAAUGUUUAAAAGGAAAUCCAAGGGAAAACCAAAUGGUAAAAAGCCAGUACCAGAAGAGAAGAAACUCUACCUAGAGCCAGAAUAUACAAAGUUAAGAAUUACUGACUUUGAAUUCAAGGAGCUAGUGAUGUUACCACGAGAAAUAGAUCUCAAUGAGUGGCUAGCCAGCAAUACAACGACCUUCUUCCACCAUAUCAAUUUACAGUAUAGUACAAUCUCAGAAUUUUGCACAGGAGAGUCGUGUCAGACCAUGGCAGUGUGCAAUACACAGUACUACUGGUAUGAUGAGCGGGGAAAGAAGAUAAAGUGCACGGCCCCUCAGUACGUUGACUUUGUCAUGAGUUCGGUGCAGAAGCUAGUGACGGACGAGGAUGUCUUUCCUACAAAAUAUGGCAAAGAAUUCCCCAACUCCUUUGAGUCCUUAGUAAAGAAGAUUUGCAAGUAUCUGUUCCAUGUGCUGGCCCACAUCUACUCCUCCCACUUUAAGGAGACUUUGGCACUGGAGCUGCAUGGACACUUAAAUACACUCUACACACACUUCAUCCUAUUCAUCAGGGAGUUCAACCUGGUGGACCCUAAAGAAACCACCAUCAUGGAUGACCUCACGGAGAUCCUCUGCAGCAGCGGGAGCAGUAGUAAUGGGAGUGGCAACAGCUGCGCAGGAGCACAGAACCAUGUGAAGGAGAGAUGAGCCUUCCUCUGGAGCAAAACUAACAUUAACAUAAAAACAAUAUUAUAUAUUCUAUAUAUAUGUGUGUGUGUGUGUGUGUAUAUGUGCAUAUAUAUAUAUACAGACAUACACAGCGAUGAAAGUUUAAGAAAUUAUGCUGCCACCACAGGACGUGUAGUCGUGUGGGACUGUACGGAGCUUUUGUUAAUGCACCAUCUGGUGAGAAGUUGCACCAAUCUUAUUUUAUUGUUUUCUCCUGUUCCUUCUUUCUUUUCCCCCUGUCAGAUGGCUGACGAAUGCUGUUUUUAGAGAAGAACCAUGUGUUUGAGUUGGGCUGCUUUUUUUUUUUUUUUUUUGGGUCUUUUUUCCCUCAGUCUUGAGUGCAAGCCCUUCUGUCUUUCUAGGAUGGUGGUACUGCCAUUUUAAAAAUAUAUAUUAUGUUAUAAGAAGUGACUUUUACUUUGAAGUGGCUUAAAUGCAGAUUUUGUUUUGGGGUUUGGUUUUUACAUAGACUCCCCCUCCCAGUUUUACAUAGAGUCCCCAGUCAAUUGCAUCUUGCCCUUUGCUGGCUUGGAAUGGGAAGAAGAGAUGCCUGGCUUGACUGCAGUAGCGGUAGGGGCUUGCUACAAAUGUAGUGGGUGUGAUGCUUCAUCUGUCUAUGAACCUGCAAGAGGAUCCACAAGGCUUUCUGCUUGUUGCUCCAACAAAAUAUGUAUACUUGUUUCUCUGCCCCUCCCGUCCCAGGCACACAUCCAGAAAUAAUAGUAGUGAGAUCAUUGGGGUCUGUAAGAGCCACCACCAUUAACUUCCCAUAGAAAAGGGGGUCAGGGGGAGAAGGGUGCACUGGGUCAGUCACCGGCUGUGAUAGAGAGAUGGCUGUUGGCAUAAAAUUAUAUUGUUGGCUUAUUUUUAGUUCAUCUGUUCAAUAAUAAAAAAAUUUCUAUCAGG